UCGGUUUGACCGCCGCAAGAGGAAGUUAGGUCUUCUUCUAGUUUCUGUUUCCUUGCUAUGCUUUUACGUCGGUUUACAAAGAUUCCUUUAGGCAUUUUCGCUUUUGUAGCUGCUUCAUCAGCCGUUGGCCAUUCCACUAAGUCUAGUCAGUGUCAUUUUAUGAUGCACACAAAGGCUCGCACUUUAGUAUAUCCAGGCACAGAUGUCAAGAGAUUUCCAGUACCUUCAGAGUUUGUAGACUGGAAGGUUCCAUUUCCAGAGUACAAACCAGUGGAUUACACCUCGGAACGCAUUCUUCAGCGGCCACCUUAUGCAGACCCAGAAAUAAGGAAUGGACCAGUCGACAUACCCCUUAAAUUCAAUGCUCUUGAUACUGCUUACAACACUGACAGGACAAGCCUGGACGGAGAGUAUGAAUUAGUGCAAGGAGUUCCAAGGAAUCCUGUUGGUAGGACUGGAAUGGUUGGUAGAGGAUUGCUAGGUAGAUGGGGUCCUAACCAUGCCGCUGAUCCAGUGGUGACAAGGUGGAAGCGAGACAGCUCAGGAGAAAAAAUUAUACGAGAUGGAAAGCCAGUCCUCGAAUUUGUUGCCAUCCAAAGAACGGAUUGUUCAGAAUGGGCCCUACCUGGGGGCAUGGUAGAUCCAGGUGAUACUGUUACCAACACACUGAAAAAAGAGUUUGGAGAGGAAGCAUUGAACUCUUUGGAACUUUCACCUGAAGAGAAUAAAAGAAUUCAUGACUCACUGGAGGAUCUUUUUCAUCAUGGAAAUACGGUAUUUCAAGGUUAUAUAGACGAUCCUAGGAACACAGAUAACUCUUGGAUGGAAAGUCAAGCAGUUAAUUACCAUGACGACAGCGGGAAAGCAUUCGACAAAUUUACCCUGAAAGCCGGGGAUGAUGCCAAGCAUGUGAAAUGGAUGGAGAUGUCACACGAUAUUCACUUAUAUGCAAACCACUACGACGUGGUCAAGGAAGUGGCUAGGAGACUUGAUGCUUUCUGGUAGCCGGCUCAAACAUAGGAAAAAUCAGCCAUUUUUUUUUUUAGGAAUUGUAUCAUAGCUAUUGUAAUUUAUUCCGUGUGUGCACCUGUGUGAAAAUCGAAUGUGUAACCCUCAGGACACCCCAUGAACACACAAGACGUGUUGUGAAGGCUCAAGGCAUUAGGGCCCAUGUAGUCUUUGCAUUACACUGGUAUGGUUUCAGUACCGUAAAGUGACUGCUUUGGUGUAUUGUUCAAAAUUUUUGAUAAUCAUCAAUCCAGUAUGUAUUACCAGUCCGGUACCGAUUGCACGUUCCUAGUUUUAAGCUCUGUGUUCACAAUUGUAGCCCUUUGUUUACCCUUCAAGACUCUGCAAAAAAAAAAA